UUUGAGUGACUCAGAACGAGUUAGAAGAACAGACUUCAGAUAAAAUGGCGGAAGGAGCCUGCCACUGCUCGGCUCCUCCCUUUUCAUUGCCUCCUCGCAUCAAAGUCAAGGCGGAGUUAAAAGAGAUCAGGGUCUGCACCAAUCGCACGUGUCGCAAACAGGGCUCCAUGCAGACCUUCGAGACUCUUACGGCCCUGGCCCCGCCCCAUGUCGCCGUCAACACGUGUGGGUGCUUGGGACGGUGCGGGACCGGGCCCAACCUCGUGGCUCUGCCCGGUGGGGUUAUGAUCGAGCACUGUGGGACGGCAGCUAAAGCUGCUCAAGUUACGAUGGAGCUGUGCGGAGUUAAUGGGCCUGUGGAUAAGAGUUUGGAGGCGCUUGCGUUGAGGAAGAGAGCAGAGAGUAAGUUUGACAAUGGUGAUUUUGAAGAGGCUGAGGGAUUGCUUUGUCAGGCUAUAGAUUUAAACCCAUUUGGUGGUAUCCAUGUUCUGUAUAAAAACAGAUCUUGGGUAAGAUUGGUGAUGGGCAAUUAUUCCGGAGCUCUUGAAGAUGCCAAUGAAGCUCUGAAGUUGGCACCACAGUAUAUUGAGGCUUACAUUUGCCAAGGUGAUAUAUUUUUGGCUAUGGAUCGAUACGAUGCUGCUGAGAAUUCGUAUUCUACAUGUCUACAGAUAGAUCCUACUAUUCGUCGUUCUAAAUCAUUCAAGGUACCAUUCAAAUAUAGCCGGAUUGUGAAGCUUCAAGAAAAACUCACUGCAGCAAAUGUGCAUUAAAUUACGUAAUAUGAAUGAAGUCACAUACAUCAGUAACGAUCAAUGCUGUCAGAAUACAGUUGAUGCUUGUAUUCUUUCCAGGUUCUGUUCCCCAUCCCUUAAAUCAUAGUUUUAGCCCCUUUUCCAGAUAUGUUUCUAUGCGUAUUAUUCUAUAUAAAAAUUCUGUUACUUUUAAACAUGUUAAUGUAUGUUCUAAAGUGUUUAAGGGUGCUCUGAUUCCAAAUAA